GAUAAAUCACUCAUGCGUAGCCCGGGUUGUAAGGUAAACAAACAGCACACCUUGAGUAUGUCAGACGAUAAUUCACGUACGUAAAACUAAAGGAUGGAGUUAUAACCAUGGUUAGAGGAAUGGAUGCGUUUCGAUGAUGGGUAGAAAUGGAAUGUGUUCAAUCAAGGAUUUUUCCAGAUGUUUACAAAGAUAAGGAGCCACAAGCACAAAGCAAUAAUCCAAACAUCUUGAGAGGGGAUGUGGCACUGAAAGUGGAGGCCCGGAUUAAACGAGAAAAAUCCUUACAUGAUAAAAUGCUCAGCAAAACUUACGCAGCAGAGGAGAUUUCUGGAAGAAUAAUGGAGGAGCGAGAGCGACUGUCUCUGGGAACCAGAUCUAGGGCAACCUCGGGAACCAGUUCGCCGGUCCCUAGCAACAGCACCCGAAAACAAGUUCAUUUUAAGACUGAUGGCAGUGGGGAUGUUCCAAAGUCCAAAAAAGGAGGCAAAGUGAAAAGUUCCACAAACAGUGUUAGUAGUGACGAGAAACAAAUCUCUGUUACCAUAGCAGGAAUAAAUACCAUCCAAUCAAAUGACACCUCACAAACAGAACAGCCAAUCACAGACCAUGGCUCAAAGGACUCAAAUGGAUUUAUACCGAAAAAGGAGUUGCCUGUCAUCGAAGAGAGAACGAGUAGUCGAGCCAGUGGUCUGAGCGGUUCAGAAUCAAAAAGAGGCUGAGAGCUUUGUGGGAGAUCUUCAACCUCCCUGUCUGUUAUAGUUUUAAUCUACUGAACUUAACUCCCAACAUUUGAUAUUACGAAUAUGAAUUCCUAAACAGUCUAGUCCUUAUAACAUUGUUACUCACUUUCUGUUUGUCCAAAGAAUCUGUGAAGUAGUCAUAAUUGUUAUGUAUUUUGAUGUUCUUUUAUUAUGGAGCUCAUGAUGUAGCAGAUCUAUUGAACUAAAUUAUAUGUUGCAAAAUACAAUAUGAUACUCGUAGUAAUUGGAUGUCUAUAGCUGUAAAUAGAUACUUUUAUAUAUACACGUGUAUACAAAAUGAGCUACUUAGACUAAUACAUGGGUAUAAUCCCUUUCUAAAGCCAGCAUUAUAAAGUAUUCUCAUGGUUAUGAUAUAUUAAUUAGGCCUCAUGUGUAGCAUUACAGUAUUAGUUAUUAUGUACCAGUAUAUUAAAUGGCAUUACUUGCUGCAGUAAUUAUUAUGCAUGUACAUGUAUUUGGAGACAAAUUAAUACCAAUAGUAUUUUUAUUUUGAAAUAAACACCAUGGGAUCCUAAUCAUAAUCGAAAACAGUAGUCAAUUAACAGUUAAUUAGAUAGAAAAUUAUUUGUUAUUAAUUGAAGUUUAUUCCUAACAAUUUUAUCAAAUGUAAUAUUUUGAAAUAUUUGCACAUUGUCAUGUUUUUG